AUGUGGAAAGCGGCGAACGUUUCUUACACAAGAUACGCAUCUGAAAUGGCGGACAUCUUGAGGAAGUGUUUGAAAGACCCAUAUUCUGACAUAGCCUUGGAAAGAAGUAGGAUGCAUCUGCGAGAGACAAUAUACAAAGACGGAAAACCAAUCAGUCAAGAGCUACAUGAAGAAUUUCAGAAGGCUUUCAAAAGUUUGGGAAAUAGUAAGGAAUGA